AUGGGUAAUCUACCUACUAGCCGUGUAAAUUCGGGGCGUCCGUUUGCGCAGGCAGGUGUCGACUAUACGGGUCCCUUUUCAAUUAAGAUCUCACGUAAUAAAACCGGAAAGGCUUAUCUAGCCGUGUUCGUAUGCAUGGCUACUAAGGCCACGCAUUUGGAAGUUGUAUCCGACUUGUCAGCUUCCGCCUUUAUCAAUGUUUUAAAACGCUUUAUAGCUCGACGUGGUAAGAGCUAUCAUAUUUAUUCCGACAACGGGAGAAAUUUUGUCGGAGCAAAAAACGAAUUAAACGAACUAUCUAAGUUUUUUCAGGACGAUCAAGUCAAGGAUAAGAUAUUAGAGUUUACCUCAGAAAAGCUAAUAAAAUGGACAUUUAUCCCACCGUACUCGCAACACGUAGGCGGGUUGUGGGAAUCCACCGUAAAGACGGCGAAAUCGCAUUUGAAGGUGGUGAUCAGCCAAACUAGUCUAACGUUCGAGGAAUUGACAACGAUUUUUGCGCAGAUAGAAGCCAUAUUGAACUCUAGACCCAUUACACCUGUCUCUACGGACCCCUCUGAUUUGAAUGCUCUAACGCCUGGCCAUUUUAUAAUAGGAGCGCCAUUGACGGCGAUACCAGAGCCCGACCUUGAAAAUGGACCUUUGAACCGUUUGUCUCGUUUUCAAUUAUUAACUCGUUUAGUGCAAGGAUUCUGCAAACGCUGGUCCAGAGAAUAUGUGACUCAACUUCAAGCUAGGCACAAGUGGAAGGAAGUGCGAUUAAAUCCCAAUCUCAAGGCCGGUGCUCUCGUGCUAAUCCGCGAUGAUAAUGCGUCACCCCUGCAGUGGAAACUAGGACGAAUAAUCCAAAUGUUCGAGGGAUCGGAUGGUCUAAUCCGCACAGUUGAGUUUAAAACUCCAUUAGGUGUAACUCAACGAGCUGUUCAGAAGAUUUGCGUACUGCCCUUUGAGGACUAA